AUGAGGAAAAGAAGGUGGUUGGAGCUGGUGAAGGAUUAUGACUGUGAAAUUUUGUACCACCCGGGAAAAGCAAAUGUAGUGACAGAUGCUCUAAGUAGAAAGGUGGCCCAUUCAGUAGCCCUCAUUACCAGACAGACUCACUUGUGCAGGGAACUGAAGAGGGUAGAGAUUGCAAUAGCUGUGGGAAAGGUCACGACACAGUUAACACAGUUGUCGGUGCGACUGAGUCUAAGGCAGAAGAUUAUUGAUACACAGCGAGACGACCCUUAUUUGAAAGAGAGAGUUCGUAGGGUGGAGUCAGGCCAGGAUGGCGAAUUCUCAUUUUUAGCAGAAGGUGGCCUCUUUUAUCAAGGGCGUUUGGAACUGGAGAGGGCAGAGAUUGCAGUGGCUGUGGGAAAGGUCACGACACAGUUAGCACAGUUGUCGNAAGAGAGAGGAACUGGAGAGGGCAGAGAUUGCAGUGGCUGUGGGAAAGGUCACGACACAGUUAGCACAGUUGUCGGUGUGACCGAGUCUAAGGGCGUUUGUGAAACCCCCGAGGCAGAAGCCAGCAGGCUUUUUACAGCCAUUGAAUGUACCAGAAUGGAAGUGGGAGCAUGUGUAUAUGGACUUCAUUGUGGGAUUGCCUCGAACCGUCAAAGUUUUAUUGUGAUAUGGGUCGUGGUAGACAGACUUACGAAGUUAGCACAUUUGAUACCUGAGAAGCCCACCUUUUCAGUGAAUAAGUGGGCACAGAUAUACAUGAAGGAGGUGGUAAGAUUGCAUGAAGUGCCCGUGUCCAUCGUGUCGGACAGAGACCCUCGUUUCACGUCUAAGUUUUGGAAAAGUCUCAAGGCAGCUUUGGGGACCUGGUUAGACUUCAGUACAGCUUUCCACCCUCAGACUGAUGGGCAGAUAGAGAGAUUUAAUCAAAUACUGGAAGACAUGUUGCAUGCCUGUGCCAUAGAGUUUUCAGGAAGCUAG